GAUUUCAAAUUAUAAAACAUUCCGUUCACGUUUUCAUUUCAAGGACCAUGGAGAAGAAACCACUCAAGCCAUAUACAGGACAAGAUUCCAAGCAAGGCCUAUCGUUUGGAGGAGGAAAAGUAACAGGUUUCAAGCGUCACCACCAUCGCAAACGCAGUUUCUCCUUUGCAAAAAACAAUCCUGCAAAGAUCAGGAGGACUUCUCAGUCGCUGUCCUUGAAAGCGCCACUCGUUGCACUGAACGAAAAAUAUGGCAAAGUAGAAUUUGACAUCAAGCCAAAAGGUGAAGGAUUUGAUGCAGGAUUCGAAGCGAGAUUUUUAUACAAUGGCCAAGAAUAUGUUGGAUAUGGUAUCUCUAAGAAAUCUGCUAAGACAGAGGCAGCUAAGAAAUGUUUACAGUUUAACGAGAUACCUUAUCUUGAAAUUCCUGAUCGAGGAGAUAUACUUUCUGCUGGUGGAGAGAAACCUGCCAGUCCUUAUGUCAGCGAAUCUGAACCCUUUUCUUACUUUCCCGAAGGCUACACCGAUUUUUCAGCGGAUGCAGCAACCGCUGAGAUACCCCAACUUACAAAACCUCUAAAGAAUAAAGAAGUCGAUUUGCAAAGAGCGGUGGAGUCGCCGAGUAUGGUACUUAACGAGCUGAUACCAGGGCUUUCAAAGAGAUUAGAAUGGGUAGAAACAAAGUCAAAGACAAAGUUUUGCUGUAGAAUCAACCUGAGAGGUCAUACUUUUGAAGGUACUGGCUUGGGAAAGAAAGCUGCAAGGAAAAAAUUAGCAAAUAACGUUCUGUCAAAUUUUUUUGGCGUUCGUUUUCCCACAAAAGGAAAAUCAAUUUCAGUUGAAGAUAGAAAAGCUUCUGUUCUUGGGAAAAUGCAUGCAUAUGCUCGAGUUAAACACAUUGAUCCUUCAAGUAAAUAUGAAUUUGAAAGUAUUGCUGAUGGUGACAAGUUACUGAGCAAGGCAAAGUUGUUUAUGUGUGGGAAGGAAUAUGAAUGUGUUCAUUCAGGAAAAGAAAAGGCAAAAUUCCAGGUUGCAAAAUUGGGCCUAAAAGACAAUGAAGACAUAGAAAAGAGUAAUUUGACAAUUGUAGAGAGAAUUAUUGAUACUUCAAAACACCCAUUUCAGAUGUUCCAUGAGUAUUAUGGAUCUCUAGAGCUCAUGGAGCAAGAGUUAACUGACCAGAAAGUUCCAUAUUUUUUGCAAGGAAUGAUAAUUAAUGGGCAGUACAUUGUAGCAGAAGCUAAAUCAAAGAAGAGAGCAAAGAUUAAACUUGCUUUAAAAGUUUUUGAGAGAAACCAUGGGAUAAAUGUAGAUGCAUGGAGUUCAUUGAAAGAUGAUAUUAAAGCAGAGUACCUUGCUGAAAAAGAUAAUCCUGAUCCCCAAAUUGCUCUUUCCAAUUUGACUGAUGUUGAUAUUUUGACUGAUGUUAAUGUCUUGACUGAUGUAGAAGAAAUAAGCGAUCAACAAGCUUAUCCAUCAAGAGAUGUACCCAUGGUACUACCAACAGGGAAUCAAGGCCAGUGUGAAAAGAACUCAGUUAGCAUCCUCAAUGAGUUGCACCCAGGAGUAGAUUUUGUAUACACAGAAGAGAAUUUUGGAAACAAUAGAAUACAGUACAAAUGUGUAGUAACAGUGGGGGACAAAACAUUUGAUGGAGUUGGUUAUUCUAAAAAAGCUGCAAAACUUGUAGCUGCCUCGAAAGCAUUGGAAGUCAUUUAUGGAAUUGAUGCAUCAAUUAAUGAGAUAGGUAUCAAGACAUCUCAUAAUAAUUUUGACAUUUCUGUGGAGUUUGCUGAUAAAGUUUUGGAUGCUAUCAAUGCUAAGUUCAGCAGUGUUUUUCAGAGUGAUACCCCAUACAAAGUUAUAGCAUCAGUUGUUAUGACAAAAGAGGUUGGUGGUGUUAUGAUAGAUGCAUUUGAGAUACUAAGUAUUGCAACAGGAACAAAAUGUAUAAGUGGUGAAAGCAUAAACUGCUCAGGCCAGGUCUUAAAUGAUUGUCAUGCUGAAGUGAUUGCAGGUCGUUGCCUCAAGCAAUUCUUUUUUGAUCAGUUGCAUUUAGCAGCAAGUGACAAAGAAAGCUGCUUUCAAAGAGAUCCUGAUUCUCAGUUAUUUCAAAUGAAGCCUGAUCUGCAUUUGUUUCUCUACAUCAACACAGCUCCUUGUGGAGAUGGAAGAGUUUAUAGCGCUGAAAUAUCAUCAAACAACAAAACAGUUGGCAUACUAAGAACCAAAGUUGAAAAUGGUCAGGUUGGAUUGUCAAUAGACAAACAGUUCUAUAUCACGUUGAGUCACAAAGGACAAUGAGACAGACCUCUGCAAUACUGAAUGAUUGAGGUCUAGUACCUUGGUGUACAUAAAAGGCUUAUUCAAUGCCAACUUUUCAAUGGGGAGGAGGGUCAGAAUGAAGAUAAAUGGUGUAUUCCACUGCUUUUCCCUUUUUUACCAUUAAUUCAAUUAUCAUAAAAAGCAAAAUCAAAUAUACAAUGCAAAAAUAUUUUGAGCUUUCAAAAUAAAAUGAUACUAGUCUUUCAAAAUAAAAUGGUACAUCUAUCAAAAUUGUUCUUGGGGGAAGGGGAUGGGAGUAAUGAUAUUUGAGGAAAGAAAUAGAAAACAUAAUGCCCUUUUUCUCAGCAUUCCAAAUGGUUUUGGUAAGCAUUCAGCUGGUCACAGCCAAGAAAUUGUUAUGAAAAAGAGGCAACGGACAAAAGAGCAAAAUAAAUUUUUGGCAAUUCUAAGAAACCAAAGUCCCAUCCCUUUGAAAAGGAAAUUGUAUCAGACUAAUACCUUAAAUGCCAGCCCAAGCUGCCACAGGUCUCCCCUGGCUUCAUUGCAGGCCUCUCCAGGAAAAAAAUGCAGGGUGUAAAAAGCCCGUGCCAGUUUGGCUGCGUGGGCUAUUUAGCCCUUGCAGAACUGUUGCUAAUAUUUUUAUAUUUGUGUAUUUACAAAGGAAAAAAUACAUUACCUUGCCUAUUCUUUUAAACAUUAUUCACAUCAUUUUUUGUGUAUUUCUACCUUUAAAUUUUGUAUUACCACUCUUUAAAACGAGACAAAAGAGGAACAUAACUUUUGGAAUAUAGCAAAGUUUUGUUAGUUUUUGCCAGUCACCAAGUUCCCUUGAUCCAGCUGAGUAUUCAGAAGACGUAGCAUAUGCUGGAACGUGACGAUGCAUUCAUGACAUUCACAAAUUGACCUUGGAUGGCUUUGAAGUAAUGUUAAUGUACAAGGAAUGCUGAUCUAGGCAAGAAGUUACUGAUAUUGGGAACUGAACCAAUAUUGGGAACUGAACCAGCACUCGUGCAUCAAGCCGCAUUAACAACUGAUUAACAGAAGCCUUUCGGGCCACACAAAAAUACCUUCCGGGCCAUGGGUUGCCGACCCCUGGGCUAGGCGGUUGCCUCUGUCAUUGUAGUAGUUGCCUCCUUCAGUUGCCUCCAAUCUGUAGUAUAAUGGGAUUUUUGUGUUUUUUCACAUUACUGUUAUUGUUUGUUUUUUGUUUUAAAUGUACUGUUUUCUUCUUGUGUCAGGUUUUGGUUGUUUCAAACCACUCAAAAUCCCUUGGAAAUCAGUUGAAAUAGUUGACUUUUGGUAUCUAGAAGUUGCUACUUUUGUUGUGGUUGCUUUAUGUCUACUGCUUAGUGCAGAGGAUAAAACUUUCAACAAAAGGC